UUGGAUUUUCGCUACGCACCUAGGGCGCCUCACCCAUUCAUUCAGCUGCCCUCUCCACUUUCAUGAUCAAACGCAGAUAUCCAGGUGCCAUUUUGUCUUGCGGCUCUAACAUCAGCCAAUACAUCCAGACAGGUAACAAUGGCAUUCGACGACGAAGAUAGUAACACUGUCGUUGCUGCGCCGACGGGCGACGCGCAGCAACGUGCCACCCCGGAAAAUGUUACGAGAGCAGAUGAUGCCAUUGAUGGAGAAGAGGACGAAGAGGGCGCGCCACAAGAUUUCCGACACUUUUCUUCCCUCUUCAGUAAGAAAAAAGGAGUGUCUAGUCAGACUUUACGCCGGGGAGAGAAGGACUUUGAGACACAUGGGACGCGCGCUCAAGAAGGCCUCCUGGAGCAAAGCAGGCGGGCCAUGGAGGAUGUUCUCAGCUAUACACGAGUACACGUCGCAAAGAACUGGUGUCGCGGCUGGUACAUGCCGGACAUAUGGGAGGAUCAUGAGGCUUCCAUAAAGGACAGGGAGGUCAGUCCUGAGCUGCGAAAGCGCGAGGUCUAUGCCAGGGAGAGGGUCGUUGGAGUAGACUCGCCCAACGGCAAGUGGUACAGCUCUAUGGGCAGCAACAUCCCUAACCCGGAUAGGUCGCAACCAGGCUGGGAUCGGCUGUGGCUACUGCCGGAGGAGGCUCUCUUUCUGGUUGAGCGCGGCUCUCUGGACUUGUGGUGGCCGACGCGCCCCGCCGCGGAUAUAUGGCCUUUACCUCAAAACCUCAAGGACCUCAGCGACGGAAAUGAGGAGGAUAAUGGUUCGCCCCAGGGUGCACCGAAACCAUCUAUGGGUCUAGGACCGGAUGCCGACUAUAGCUUGGGCGUUCCUCUCAGUCUUCAGGCGGCUUACUCGCUACUUAUAGGCACCGAGGGGGAGAGAGGUAAGGUGACGCUCGAAAAGUUCCAGGUUUAUGCCAAUCUCAGAAGGCAUGGGUAUAUAAUUUUUCGGGCUGUGGAUGAGCCUGUUCCAGAGUGUACACCGGAAACGCCGCGCUCCCUUCUUGAUUGGCUGGUUUCCUUCGUACCGUCCGCAUACGCUGGCCGCCCAUCGCCUGCGCCCUACGGUCCGCUAGUGAGGCCCGGAGUCUACCGAUCCUAUGAGCAGGUAUUUAAGCAGCUACGUCUCGUACACCGUCACAGGCCUGGGGAAAAACACGAGCCAGCGGAAGCCCUGGUCGAGAAUAACCCUUUCAAGAUCCAUUACCACGUCUGGAAGGCAUCGACAACUGGUCUUGCCAAAACUCGACCUCCGCCUCCCGACUUUUACAUUUCCGUUAUCGAUGCGCGAAGUACAGUCGUUCCGUCAUUAUCAGAGAUAUCGGCUCUUCUGGAAGCCACGCCUCCCAACCCGCCCAAAGAGACCUGGAAGGGGCAUGGUAUGCUGUAUCCCAGACUGAAGCAUGGGUAUCGCAAUGUCAUUCUGGCAGUAGUCGACCACGGGAUUGUCAACUAUAUUAGGUUUGGCGAAGGAGCGUUUGGGUUGGAGCCGAUAUCAUCGAGAUUUGACCACGUAGCAGCGCCAAAGAGUGGAAAGAGAGGAGGCGGUGGGGGUGGUAGGGGAAGAGGAGGCGGCCGCGGUGGAAGAGGGCGUGGUAGGGGGAGACAUCGAGCUUGAUGGCUUGAUCAAGGUCGGAAGCUAGAAGCAAGUCCACUAGAAGAAGCCCUUGGCUCGGAUUAUCAAGCCUGCCGGUCUUGUUGUCACUUGAGUAUUUGUUACGACCCCAUCAAGGCUAUGUAAAUGCACCGCUCCCUUUGGCCAUGUUGGUAAUAGUCUUACCUCGUCUUAGUGACGCCGCAUGUUUUACGAAGCCGGCGAAGCUGCACUGCCAAGUAAAGGAUCUUGGCGGGCUAAUCCAGUCUCAAUGUUACGAGAGUGGAAGUCUCUAGAUCCUACAAACCGUAACUUUUGACAAGGGUCCAAGUUUAGAGCCAAUGACUUGGGUAAACUGAACCGACCAAGGUACCUAGGUACCUAGGUGUGAAGGUGUACCUUUUGUAUUAUUGUGACUGGUCAGUUAUCAAUUGAUUGAAAGGCCUUAACCCCACAGACCCCACCUACCAAACAGGGCUUCUUUUUUAGGUGCCCUUACUUAUCUCGGUGGAUAGGUGCCAAUUUAUACUGGCUUGAUUUGCGCUGAAACUUUUGAUGAUAUGCGGUUAUCGGGGUCGCCGUGUUACAGCAUGCUUACGAUUGUUGCAAUGG